AUCCACAACCAGGGGCGGGCAGCGUGUAAAUCCCCGACGAUGCAGCCCAAGCUCGACGACGACGAGGAGGCGAGCACGCCGCGCAUGGACGAGGCCUCGCCGCUGCAGGGCGCGCCGCCGCGCGGCGCCAAGCGGGUCUCCUACCUCGUCCCAGCCCUCUGCGCCGCCGCCGCCGUCGGCGCCGUCGCGCGGCGCACGACGGCGUCCGCGGCCCUCUACGGCCAGGCGUCCGCCGCGCCCUGCACCGACGUGGAGAAGCUCGAGAUCUCCAAGUACACGAUCACGUCGUCUCAACCCACCGCCGACGCCGCGUUCGCGCAGCGCGUGCUCGGUUCGGUGGACCAGAGCUACGGUGGGGACGGUUCGGAUGACCCGGCGGUCUAUGAAGAUUGCCUUGUAGAUGGAAAGUACAAGAUGCGCAUCCGGAAGCAGACGAUCGGCGGCGGCGGCCACACGAUGGACCUGCACUUCCCCUACUCGCAAGUGACGCCCCACGGGCCUUUAACGGUCCAGUACUGGGACAAGUACCAGGCGAACCUGAACAAGGAGUCGUUCGCGACCGAUGUCUUCAACCCGUUCAUGCACUAUUCUUUGGUCAUGUACACGCCGGACCUAUCUUAUAUUGCUCGCAAGUUGACAAAUGAGGGGGAGCCCUUCCUCGCGCGGCGCGGCUUUGUUAAUGGCCAGGCCUACUAUACUUUGGUUGUGGGUUCGCCGACGGGCAAGGUCUACGAGAUCACGUCGCCUAGGUUAGACGAGGGCAUCGUUUCCGUCAAGGACUGGAGCGCGGCCGAGUGCCCGGCCUGCCACGUGCCGCGCACCUACAACAAGGACCAGCUCGACGCGUGGUGGUACGACAACUUCGGCGGGGACAACUUCGUCGAGCGCGAGGAGACGACGCCGAUCCGCGUGUCGAUCGCCGUGUCCUCGGUCGACAAGGUGCAGCGCUACUGGGCGACGCACUUCCCCGCGCUCGAGGUAAGUGUGUGGGAGUCCGGCACGGCGAAGGUCGCCUCCGCGAACUUCCACCUCGCGUCGCACGACAAGAUGAGCAUCGAGCUCGAGUGGGUCGAGAAUGGACACGACUUCGGGCCGAUGAAGCACACCGUUUCGGACUUCGUGGCCUACCAGGAGUCCGUCAAAGAGGAAUAUGCGGGGCCAAACAUCGGCUGGACGGCGUGGUACGACCGCCACCUCGGCGUCGCGAUCACGGCGUGCCCCCUCGACGAGUACAUGAAGGCCUGGGACGCGGCGGGCGUCGCGUUCCACGCGCACGCCACGGGAACUUUAGGAGACCACGCCUGGACCGAGGGCGUCGAGUCCUUCGGCAUCGAGUUCCAGGGCUGGUUCGACUACUCCUACCAGAGCAACUAUGCGGGCUUCGACUUCUGCACCUGGAACACGGACCCGCACGAAUUCUACUAUACCAUCGGCGAGGACCCGCCGGCGAAGCCCGAUCCAUCGGCGGAGUAA